GCCGCGCGAAUUCGAGUACUCCUGCGCCGUGGGUCCGUGGCGCGCGUUGCUGCUCCCCUCUACCUGCUCCGAGUCCGACCUGGGUGCCCGCCGCCAGCAUGGACACCCGCCGCGUGCCGCAAAAGGAUCUCAGAGUAAAGAAGAACUUUAAGAAAUUUAGGUAUGUGAAGUUGAUUUCCAUGGAAACCUCGUCAUCCUCUGAUGACAGUUGUGACAGCUUUGCUUCUGAUAAUUUUGCAAACACGAAACCUAAAUUCAGGUCAGAUAUCAGUGAAGAACUGGCAAAUGUUUUUUAUGAGGACUCUGAUAAUGAAUCUUUCUGCGGCUUUUCAGAAAGUGAGGUGCAAGAUGCAUUAGACCAUUGUGGAUUUUUGCAGAAACCAAGGCCAGAUGUCACUAACGAACUGGCCAGUAUUUUUCAUGACGACUCUGACGAGGAAUCAUUUUUCGGUUUCUCAGAAAGUGAGAUACAAGAUGGAAUGAGAUCUCAGUCGGACCAAACCGGCUGCAGGACGCGCAGUCAGUGUAGACGCACUGGACCGCUGCGUGUGGCCAUGAAGUUUCCAACGCGAAACACCAGGGGAGCCGCCCCGCAGAAAGCAGCGUCCCCCGAACCCUCUGUGACGGACCCCACUUCGGAUUCAGAAGAUGAAAGUGGCAUGAACUUCCUGGAGAGAAGGGCUUUAAAUAUAAAGCAAAACAAAGCGAUGCUGGCAAAAUUAAUGGCAGAAUUAGAGGGUUUCCCCGGCUCCUUCCCAAGAAGGCACACCCUGCCUGUUCCCCGCUCGCAAGCAAAGACACCUCGAAGGCGCACAUUCUCAGGUGUGAUUUCCAGAAGACACUCUGAGCGGAGAGUUCGGCCCCUCACCAGGGCCCGCUCCCGUAUCCUGGGCUCCCUCGGGGUGCUCCCCACAGAAGAGGAGGAAGAGGAGGAGGAGGAGGAGGACAAGUACAUGUUGGUGAGGAGGAGGAAGACUAUGGACGCUUUCAUGAACGAUGAUGACAUGCCCAGGAGUCGCCGUCCUGGUUCCAUGACCCUUCCACAUAUCAUCCGCCCCGUGGAGGAGAUCACAGAGGAGGAGUUGGAGAAUAUCUGCAGCAAUUCUCGAGAGAAGAUCUAUAGCAGUUCGUCGGGCUCUACUUGUCAUCAGUGCCGCCAGAAAACGAUUGAUACCAAAACAAACUGCCGAAACCCUGAGUGCUGGGGGGUUCGAGGCCAGUUCUGUGGUCCCUGCCUUCGAAACCGAUAUGGGGAGGAGGUGAAGGAUGCUCUGCUGGAUCCGAACUGGCAUUGCCCGCCAUGUCGUGGAAUCUGCAACUGCAGUUUCUGUCGGCAGCGAGAUGGGCGCUGUGCCACGGGGGUCCUUGUGUAUCUAGCCAAGUAUCACGGCUUUGGGAAUGUGCAUGCGUACUUGAAAAGUCUGAAACAGGAAUUUGAAAUGCAAGCAUAAUGCUUGGGAGAUCCAUCACUGCCUGCCUUUUACCAUCUUGUUCAAGUUUUCCGUUUUUCUUGUGAUUGAAACCAGAGUUUGGAAUUUUGACGCAUCAGCCUGUUUUAUAGGAUGCUUAGAUCAAGGGACUCUUGUGUUUCUGAGCAUCACGGGGGUAUUUGCUAGCUAUGCUUAGGCCUCCUGCAGGUUCUCUUUUGCUUUCCUUUAGCCUUUGCCCCCAGCCCCCCUGUGUCCUACCAUGUCAUUUCUGAGUCCUUUCUAAAUGGCCAUUUCAUGAAAGCACAUUUGAUUUCUUUGGUGUUGAAAUGGCCCUGGAAUCCACUGUAAAAUCUAGCACUUAGAAACACAGUUCUCAUGUUAAGUACUUCUACUAGAUUCCAGAGACCAGCCUUAACUUGUUUACAGAAAAACACUGAAUAUGGUUUAGUUCUAACAGAGUCAAGGUCUUAAAGCCAUUUGGGAAAAUGAGGCUAAUUGCUGGAAAAUGGCAUAUAGUACUUUAGAUGGCUCCCUCGUGGACUGUUCAUGUACUGUGCUGAUGUGAUGACGUGAAUGGUCCUGUUGAGACUUCACUGCCACUCAUUUCUUCCACUGUGAUGCUAAGUGCUAUAUCUGGCAUUCAGUGGCCCCAAGGUUCAUAAGCCAGGUCUGACUUAAAGCUAUCGUAGAGAAGGCACUGGGAAAUGAGAAUGAAGAGACUUUGCCUACAAUUUGGUUUGAAUUCCUGGUAUUCUAGUAUAAUUAUAGUUUACCAGGUGUAUGCCAGUUACAUUGCAAGGGUGUCUUCAGUAAACUUUUUGGCUGUUUUGCACAGAGCAUUGAUAAUUAACAUGAGCUUAUGAUUUCUUUUGUCCUUAAAUUUUUUUUUUUUAGUGUAGGACCACACCUGGGGCUACUGGGGGCUACUCCUGCUGAAUUCUUGGGAGGUUCAUGCAGUUGGGGAUCCAAUGGGAUGGGCCACGUGGAAGGCAAGCUCCUUAGCUCCCCAUCAACCCCAUACUUUCUCCCUGGCCCAGUUUUUGCUUUCUCGAGGAAUAGUAAGCUCAGUGCAGGGCUCAGGGACUUAAGCACUUUUCUAACAAUGCGAUGUGCCCUUUUUUUGGAGUCAAGUGACCUCAGCAGUUGGUUGACUUGACUCUCUUCCAGUUUCAUUGUGGAGCUAAUUUCAUGUGUCAUGUCAUGGCACCCAUAAUAAUGGUCAUGGUGGUAAUACUGUUGGGUGAGAGACGGGGUGCAGCUCAGUGCUGGGGGUGCCCACUUUGCUCCCGCAGCUGAUUGCCAUGCCCGCUGGGCACUGGGUGCAAAGUCGGGCCUUGAGUCACUGUGUAAAUAGCGCUUUUGAACUGUAUUGCUUGUGUACAAGGGUUUUGAUUGUAAUAAU